AUGGAGAAAGGCACGGAGAAACAACAGGACGACUCCGAUGUGGAGUUCGCGCCCAUCACAACGAAAUCCCCCACUGUGGAGGAGGAGAUGGAAAAUGAAACUAUCAAUCAGCUAGGCCGCAUUGCUUCAAGCAAGCUGGGAAGAGCAGUCUCCGCCCAUUCCGCUUCAUCAAAGAAGAAUGAUCCUCGAUUGGACCCUUCAAGCCCGGAAUUUGAUCACUACAGAUGGGCUCAAACCGUUUUGGACCAGAUGCACGAGGAGGGUAUUGAGUCGCCUCAGCAGAGUGUGGUGUUCAAGGAUCUAUCUGUCAGCGGCAGUGGUGCAGCUAUCCAGUAUCAAGAGACCCUGACGUCGGUUCUCGCGGUGCCCUUCCGCUCGGCUGUACGAGCUCUGAACGGACGUCGCUCUCAACCGCGUCGUAUCCUACAAAGCUUCGAUGGCCUGCUCGAUGCCGGUGAGCUAUUGCUCGUGCUGGGUCGCCCGGGAAGCGGCUGUACCACCUUUCUCAAGACAAUCACUGGUCACCUCGGAGGCUUGACCAUGGAUCCCAACAGCACUAUUCAUUAUGAAGGUAUCUCUUUUGAGGAUAUGAUUAAAUACCACCGCGGUGAGGUUGCAUACAACAAAGAGGUCGAUCUUCAUUUCCCUCACCUUACAGUUGGCCAGACCCUCUCGUUCGCCGCCCAUGCCCGAGCUCCCCACAAGCGCCUGGAGGGUUUGAGCCGAGCGCAAUUCUGUGACACACUCGUCCAGGUGGUGAUGAGUGUGUUUGGUCUUACCCAUACCUUCAACACCAAGGUUGGCAGCGAAUUCGUGCGUGGUGUCAGUGGAGGUGAACGAAAGCGUGUCAGUAUUGCGGAAAUGUUCCUCAGCCGUUGUCGUCUAGGAGCGUGGGAUAACUGCACGAGGGGUUUGGAUGCAGCUUCAGCCCUCAGAUUCGUCCGAUCCCAGCGUCUUGCCGCAGACAUGGGCAAUUCCUGCCACGCCAUUGCCGCCUACCAGGCCUCCCAAUCGAUGUAUGACCUAUUCGAUAAGGUUGUGGUUCUUUACGAGGGUUAUCAGAUCUACUAUGGCCCUCGCGAUCGAGCUGUGUCUUACUUUGAGGAUCAAGGAUGGCAAAGGCCAGAGCGCCAGGUAUCAGGAGAUUUUCUGACUGCCAUCACUAACCCCAAUGAGCGGACCACGCGCCCUGGAAUGGAGUCGAAGGUGCCGCGAACCGCAAAGGAAUUCUAUGAGUUCUGGAAGAGAAGCCCGGAGUACAAGACUUUGCGCGAGCAGAUCACGACCUAUGAAUCUCAGCAUGCGCCCAAUAGCGAGGCUGCCAAACGACUCCAGAUCAAUCACGAGGAACAGCAGGCUCGUCAUACCCGGUCUCACAGCCCUUAUCUGCUUUCAAUCCCCAUGCAAAUUCGACUCUGUACAACUCGCGCUUACCAGCGAGUUCUUAACGAUCUUCCCACUGCGAUAUCCCCGGUCAUUGUUCAACUGAUUUUAUCUCUAAUCAUCGGUUCUGCCUUCUACAAUACCCCCGACACUUCUAGCUAUUUCUUCCAAAAAGGCGCAGUGUGCUACUUUGCGGUUCUCAUGAAUGCUUUGCUUACUAUCAACGAGAUCCUCCAGCUCUACAGCCAGCGCUCGAUUGUUGAAAAACAGGCUGGAUAUGCAUUCGUCCAUCCUUUUACCGAAGCUCUCGCCAGCAUUGUCAUCGAUCUGCCCAUCAAACUUCUGCGACUCACUGUUUUCAGCAUCAUUCUCUACUUCAUGACAAAUUUGCGCCGAGAGCCAGGCAAUUUCUUCAUCUUCUACCUGUUCUUGUUGGUCGCCGUCUUGACCAUGUCUGGUCUAUUCCGCAGCUUAGGAGCUCUCACCAAGUCGGUCGGUCAAGCAAUGGCCGUAGCGGGUGUUCUAGUUCUCUGCAUUGUCGUCUACACUGGGUUUACUUUGCCGCAGCCUUACAUGCACCCGUGGUUCUCUUGGAUUCGGUGGAUCAACCCGAUUUACUACACCUUUGAGGCUCUCAUCGCCAAUGAAUUCCAUGGAAAGAACUAUCAAUGUUCAGCUCUGAUCCCGAGUUAUGCCACUGGAACUAACUUUGUGUGCUCUGUUGUGGGAUCAGUGGCCGGCCAGACAUACGUGAGUGGUGAUACCUUCAUAAAUCAAAACUAUGAGUACUACUACUCCCACCUGUGGCGAAACUUUGGCAUCUUGGUUGCUUUCAUGAUCUUCUUCAAUGCGCUCUACUUGGCAGCCACGGAAUUUAUCUCUCAUGACACAUCCAAAGCGGAAGCUCUGGUUUACCGCCCUGGUCAUGUCCCCCAGCACAUCCAAGACAGCCAAAAGGACUCGGAGACUGGAGCCGGUGAUCUCACGAAACUUGAAGUGCAGCGCACUAAUGAUGAUAUCCGCCUUCCAGAGCAGACUGACAUUUUCUCCUGGAAGAAUCUUCAAUACGAGAUUCCUGUGAAGGAGGGCACUCGGCGUUUGCUGGACGAUGUAAACGGCUGGGUCAAGCCAGGAACUUUGACUGCAUUGAUGGGAGUUUCUGGCGCUGGAAAGACUACACUGUUGGAUGUUCUUGCACAGCGAGUGUCAAUCGGUGUCGUUACUGGUGAUGUCUUUGUGAAUGGCAAGCUGCCAACGGCAAACUUCCCCCGGAGAACUGGAUACGUUCAGCAACAGGACCUCCACAUGGACACUACAACCGUUCGAGAGGCCCUUCAGUUCAGUGCAAUGCUCCGUCAGCCACGGACAGUAUCCAAACAGGAAAAGUAUGAAUACGUGGAACAGGUCAUUCAAGUCCUGGGUAUGGAGGAUUUCGCCGAAGCCGUUGUCGGAUCUCUCGGAGAGGGACUCAACGUCGAGCAGCGCAAGCUUCUUAGCAUCGGAGUUGAGCUUGCCGCCAAGCCUACUCUUCUCAUCUUCCUCGACGAGCCCACCAGUGGUCUGGACUCACAGAGUUCAUGGACCAUUUGUCAAUUCCUAAGGCGACUGGCAGACCACGGUCAGGCUGUGCUAGCUACAAUUCAUCAGCCUAGUGCGACGCUGUUCCAAACUUUUGACCGUCUACUUUUCCUUGCCAAGGGUGGCAGGACAGUUUACUUUGGCGAGGUUGGAGAACAGUCCGCCACGCUUCUCGACUACUUUGAGCGCAAUGGAGCUCGGCCUUGUGAAACGCUGGAGAACCCUGCCGAAUAUAUUCUUGACAUGGUAGCCGGAGACGGCUGCCCCGACGUUGAUUGGGUUCAAGCUUGGAAGAACAGUCCAGAGUUUCAGGAAGUCAUUGCGGAAGUCGAUCGUCUCCACUCCAUCAAGGGACCCAGAGAUGAGCCUUCUACCCAUGACGAUGGUGAUGAUGAUAAUGCCGAGUUUGCUAUGCCUAUAAUGACCCAGCUCUGGGUGGUCCUUGGUCGAUGCUUCCAGGCCUACUUCCGCAGGCCCGACUAUAUCUAUUCUAAGUUUGUCCUCGGCAUUGUCAGCGGUCUAUUCAUUGGGUUUUCCUUCUUCAAGUCUGACAACUCCGAACAAGGCUUGCAGAACGCUCUCUUUGGUAUCUUCCUUCUCUGCACUAUCUUCAACACGCUCGCCAAUGCUAUCAUGCCUAACCUGGUGGCGCAAAGAUCCCUCUACGAGGUUCGCGAGCGACCAUCUAGGACUUACUCAUGGCAAGUGUUCAUCAUCUCACAAAUGCUAGUGGAGGUCCCUUGGCAAUUCUGCUUGGGUGUCUGCUCCUGGGCUUCAUUUUACUGGGCAGUCUUUGGCGCCAAUCAAACUUCGGAACAGACUGGUAUUGUUCUGCUCUACAUUUGUCAGUUCUACAUGUACGCAGCCAGCAUGGCACAAUUCGUCGUGUGCGCUAUCCCCGAGCCUACUCUUGCCGCCAUGGUGGCAACUCUCAUGUUUGGUCUCUCGUUCAUCUUCAACGGAGUCAUGCAGCCCCCCAGUGCACUGCCUCGCUUCUGGAUAUUUAUGUACCGCGUGUCCCCAUUCACUUACUACAUCGCCGGUAUCAGUGGUACAGCUCUUCAUGGCCGCUCCGUCGAGUGCAGCAGUGAUGAGCUCAACGUUUUCGACCCACCUUCCGGCCAGACUUGCUAUGAGUACAUGGCAAAGUACCUUGAAACUUCUACGGGUACCAUCUACAACCCCAAUGCCACUUCCAGCUGUGAAUAUUGCAGCAUGACAUCGGCGGAUGACUACCUCGCAGCCAGAGAGAUCUACUAUGAGGAUCGCUGGCGUGAUUAUGGCAUCUUUUGGUGCUAUUUUGUUUUCAAUAUGGCUGCUAGUGUGCUCGUGUACUACCUCUUCAGAGUCCGGACCUCAAAGGCGAAGGUCUCGAGAGGUAAGGCUGCUGCUUAA